ACGAUCGAUAGAUCGGCGUACCCACCACCCGGGAACCGCUAAUCAACCGCCUACACUCGAGACGAUCUUCUAGAUCCGCGUCGAUCCUCGAGCAGAGCGGACGUCGGACAUAACCGGAGAAAUUGAGCGACAUCAUUAUUCUCAGCUGCAGAGAUGGCAUCAGGUAAGAGUCUCCUCUCGCUGACAGUGGUGCUAGCAACGUUAGCAAUUGCGACAGGGAAUCAACCGGCUAGAAUAGCGUGUUACUUCAGCAACUGGGCUAUCUACCGACCGGACGUCGGCAGUUACGGCAUCAAAGACAUCCCCGGCGAACUAUGCACUCACAUCAUCUACUCGUUCAUCGGCGUGAGCAACGUCACGUGGGAGAUAUUGAUCCUGGAUCCAGAAUUGGACGUUGAACAGGAGAACUUCCAAGCGUUCAACAAUUUAAGGAUCACGUAUCCUCAUCUGAAGACCUCCGUGGCAGUCGGUGGUUGGGGAGAAGGCGGCAGGAAGUAUAGCGCGCUAGUUGGAGUGAAGGAGAGGAGAGACACCUUCAUCAGAAGCGUCGUUGACUUCAUGCAUAAGUAUAACUUCGACGGUUUCGAUCUCGAUUGGGAGUACCCUGGAGCCGCAGACAGGGGUGGCAGCUUUUCCGACAAGAACCACUUCUUCUACUUUGUCGAGGAGAUAAGACGCGCCUUUGACAAAGAGCAAAAGGGAUGGGAGCUCACUAUGGCGGUACCCAUGGCCAAAUUCCGUUUGGACGAGGGAUAUCACGUUCCCGAAUUGUGCCAGAACAUGGACGCCAUCCACGUGAUGUCCUACGAUCUUCGUGGCAACUGGGCUGGAUUCGCGGAUGUUCACAGCCCUCUUUAUCGCAGACCCCAUGAUCAAUGGGCAUACGAGAAAUUGAAUGUCCACGACGGUCUCCAGCUUUGGGAGGAGAAAGGCUGUCCCGCCAACAAACUGAUCGUUGGAAUCCCGUUGUAUGGUCGCACCUUCACCCUCAGCCAAAGCAACAACAAUUACUCGCCAGGAACUUACAUCAACAAGGAAGCUGGGGGAGGAGCUCCUGGCGAAUACACUCGAGCCAAAGGAUUUCUCUCUUAUUACGAGAUCUGCACCAGGCUGCAAGCCCCAGGCAGCAAUUGGACUCGGAAAGUCGACGAGGUCGGCAAAGUUCCUUACACGUACCAAGGUAAUGCAUAUUCUAUGCUGUCGUCGAAUGAAUAUUUUAAUAAUAAUUGGAUAAUUGUAGGAACGCAAUGGGUCGGUUACGAGGACGUUCAGAGCGUGAAGUACAAGAUCGAUUUCAUCAAGAAAGAGCAAUACGGAGGCGCCAUGGUCUGGGCCAUCGACAUGGACGACUUCCAAGGACUCUGCGGCGAACGCAACCCCCUGAUGAACACCAUCAACCAAGGCUUGAAAGGAUACGUUGUUACGGACAAAAACUUCCACACUACCCCCACGCCUGAAUGGGCAAGACCACCGAGCACACCUUCGUCGGAUGGUGUGCGACCAACUCAAGCACCUUCGACGAAACCUGUCGAGAGACCUAUACAACGACCGACACAACCAACGACAAGACCACCACCUGCUCAGUCACCGACAUCACCAUCUAUAGAACCACCGACAACAUCACCACCUACACAGCCAUCUACUUCAACAACCACCAAGAAGCCGGAAGCACCACCGUCCACAUCGGAAACUCCAACGUCAACCACCGAGGAUACAAACAAGUGGAAACCCACCGAAUCACCGAACGGAGACAAUGGGGAUGAGAAGAUCGAAUGCAAAGAUGGCGACAAGUUUCUUACGUCGAAAAACUGUAACAUAUACUACGAAUGCGUUCAUGGGAGGCCAGUGAAGUUCUCGUGCCCUAAUCGUCUGAUCUGGAACUCGGUGAACAAUAUUUGCGACUGGCCAGACAAUGCGGACCGGCAGGAGUGCAGGCCUGCAUAACGUUGCAGUUGGAUUAUUGUUUCGAAAAAGAAAACAUGGACUGAAAACACGUGAUUCGAUUACUUAACAACGUAAUUAUAAGAGACGUCGAACCAUAGCAAACGAUUGGUGAAAUUGCUAUGCUUUUAUAUUUGUUAAUCCACGGAACAGUGGACAUUCCUGACAACUGCACAAUUGGCAAUGAUUGGGACCAGUUAAAUGUUUUAAAUUUUUUCGUUGCAUCUGAUCGGACAGCUGACGUUAUAAAUCAUUUGUCGCAAGCUGAGUAAUCGAACUUUUUAAGCACUGGGUCAACGUGAACCCAGGCACUGCCGAACCGGUCGCGAACGUCGUAUUCGCUCGUUUUUCUCUCUUUUAUUUUUUAUAGUGCCACACAACGAAACGAACCAUUCCGUUCGAUAAGCGAUACUUAUGCGCGAUUGCGCACACUUUGUUGAUCGCUAAUUAUGAACAAUAAAGAAGUUUCACAAGUACUCGUACAGCUAACAAUCACGCAAUGGAAACGCAGAGGAGACUUGCAGUUUGUAUUUAUUUCCAGGUGACCGUCGAAAAUAUAACACCCAUUGAACACUUGAAUGUAAUUUACAAUAUUCAUCGUGACAAGCUAGUUACAGGUCUUGUUCAAUUCAAAGGUCUCCUAAUACACGCACACGCGCGCGCGUUUUAAGCGGCAUUCAAUGUAUCCUUAAAGCUACUCAAUAUUUUAAAUAAUAUGAAAAUGAGAAAAUGAAAUAUUACACUUAUUAUAAAAUA